AUGUCCAAUAUUGGCGCGCAGAACCGCCUGUUCACGAUUUUCCGCGAGCUGGAGACCUGGGGUGCAGAAGCGGCAUUCCAGCACGGCGAUGCCGACCUCUGCACGCCCAAUGCCUCCGAGCAUAGUCGCGCGACCUCGCUGGGCGACAUCUGGCAGUCAUUCGCAGUCGGCUACCAUGAGCACUUCCCUGCCAACUUCUUGGAGGACCGGGUCCAGGCUAUGGACUUCAAGACCACCUACGGCAAAUCCUACGCAAGCCCGAGCGAGGAGGCGCGCCGCAUGGAGGCGUAUGCUGACAACAGGGCGUUCGUGGCCAAGCACAUGGCUGAGUGUGAGCAGGGCCUACACACCUUCACUGUGGGCAUCAACCAGUUUGCUGACCUGAAUAUUGACGAGUUCAACGCCCUGUACAAGGGCCUGCAGCCGGGGAACGUCACCAUACCAGAGCGGCUGCACCAGUACUCGGGCCGCGUGCAAGCGGAUACGCUUGACUGGCGCCAGUACGGCGUCGUCACGGAGGUGAAGGACCAGGGCGCGUGCGGCUCAUGUUGGGCCUUUUCGGCCACCGGUUCGCUGGAGGGCGCCUGGGCGCUGGCUGGUCGCCAGUUGAUUUCGCUCAGCGAGCAGCAGCUGGUCGAUUGCUCACACCUCUACCUCAACCUCGGCUGCAAGGGCGGCCGCAUGGACAGUGCCUUCAGGUACAUCCACGACAAGGGCGGAAUCAUGUCCGAGAUGUCGUACCCGUACACGGCCACCGACGGCAGCUGCCGUGCCAACCCGUCCUGCUUCGUGGCGCAGGUCAGGGGCCACACCGGCGUGAAGAUCAGCUCGGAGAGUCACUUGCUGGACGCGGUGGCCGGACACGGCCCUGUAUCAGUGUCAAUCGACGCGUCGAAGCAGUCGUUCCAGCUGUACAGAGGCGGCAUCUACAACGAGCCCAGCUGCUCCAAACUGCAUCUCGACCACGGCGUGCUCGUCGUCGGCUACGGCACCGACAGCGGCAUCGACUACUGGAUCGUGAAGAACUUCUGGAGCGCCAACUGGGGCGAGCAGGGCUACGUCAAGAUGCUGCGUAACCACGACAACCAGUGCGGCAUCGCCACCCAGGCUUGCUACCCCACGGUCUAG